AUGUCCGUGUUUUUUAUGAUUAUCGCUUCCCAAUCGGAUUUGAGCACAAUCGCCAUCCAGAAACUGGUUAAAGGCCACCACGAGGAACAGUUUGCUGGCGCUGGCGAUGAGAUCCGGGUCGUCGGUGAACAGUUUUGUGAGACGGGUUCUGAAGAGCGCCAUCCAGCAGAAAUUGAAGAGACUGAGGAAGCAGGCCGCAAACAGCGACACAGUAACGGCAAUCUUGUAGUUUUCGGACUUGGCGCCGAUGAUGUUGGCCAGCCGUGUAGAGCAGCAGAUCCCGACCGAGAACGGGAUCUGAAAGCCGAACGACGCGACGGUCGAGACGAUCGACUGCGAGGCCAGCUCCAACGAGUUGAACUUCGCCGAGAGAAACGUGAUCACCUGGAACGCAAACGCCUCCGACAAGAUCAUAAGCACGCCGGGAAGGCCCAGGGAGAAGAAUGGGGCCCAUUCGGAGGUGAGCUGGCGGAAAGUGGUAUUAUAGUGCCAGCAUUGGUAGCCGUCGACGAAGCAGAUGUAAAGACACAAAGAACUGGCGAUGAGCCAGUAGGUCAGCACAAAUGCAAGCGGAGGCGCCAGAAACCCGAUUUCGGGAAUCAGCAGAUGGUUCAGUGCGACGCUGACGGGCACAGCGAGGAAUAUUAUUCUGGUGGGGGCCCCAAACUUGUUCUGCGACUGGAGGUAUCUUUUGGAACACUCAAACGUCACAAUGGCAGGAAUGGCAAACGGCAUUAUACGGAGAUACUGUGCACACAAGCGGGCCAGGUUUUCGUCUCGAGCGACCAUAUAGAUCACAGGUCCGGCAUUUAA